AGUCUGAAGCGCACUUUUCAUCUACCUGCUGCCUUGCCUCUCUCCUCCGUCUUGAUUGGCCCUCUGGAGCCAAAUCCCCUUGAAUGAUUUCAAACCCGAAGACUUUGGACACAACAGGAGGAGGAGGAGGUGUUCGCUGGAAACUGGGCAGGGUGGAAGAGACGGAGCCCUCUCAGUCCACCGAACGCACCAUCUCAUGACAGAGGUUUUAUCCGCGGAGAAGCGCUGUUGCUGACGGCUUACCGCGUCCAGACGGUGGGAAAGGUGGAAAGACACGGACUGAAUUCGCUUUAACGCUCGCGGACCUCUCUGAAACCAACCCGCUUUUUUCUUUCUUCCUUCAUUCCUUCCUUCCUUCCUUCCUUCCUUCCUUCCUUCCUUUCUUUUUUUUUUUUGGCUAUUAUUUUUGUAUAAGCACUUGAGUGGAGUGAUGGUGUCUAAGCUGUGGGACGCGGUGUGCUGACUGGACUUGUCGCUUGAGACUAAUAGGACCAGACCGGGAAUUCCUCCGAAUAAAUAUCUAAACACAAACAGUAAUUACUGGAGAAAUGUGAGUACCAACAGUUGUCUCCGAGCUCCACUGAGGCUUUUAUUUACCAGAUCAAAAGGGUUUGGAGGGAAGAGCAUUCAGCUCAUGCACAGAUUGCCAUAGCAUCCCAUUAAUAUUUCCACUCCUUUCAGAGCCUAACAGCAUCUUCACAUUUUGGACAAUGUGCUCGUUUCUCAACACCAUUCCUCAGCUCAGGUCGGGUCGAAUCGGGUCCUCGCAGUAAAUUCCGAGCCACAGGUUUCACAAACUGAGAUUCAGACUACAGUCAUGGCUAAAAAUCCCUCCGAUGGGGCCAAGGAUGACCUGAGCCAGCUGACGGACGAUGACCUGCUGCGGUGCAGCAAAGAGGAGCUGGUGAGGAAGCUAAGGAGGGUCGACAGCGAGAAAAUGAACUUGAUGAUCGAGCACGGCAACAUGAUGAAAGACAUCAACCGGCGGCUGCAGGUGCACCUGCACGAGAUCCGCAGCCUGAAGGAGGUCAACCAGAAGCUGCAGGACGACAACCAUGAGCUCCGGGAGCUCUGCUGCUUCCUGGACGACGACAGACAGAAGGGCAAGAAGUUGUCCCGGGAGUGGCAGCGCUUCGGCCGCUACACUGCCAGCGCCAUGUGGAAGGAGGUGGGCGCCUACAUGAUGAAGCUCAAGGAGCUGGAGGCCAACCAGGAGAGCGUGUUGAGGGAGAACUCGGAGCUCAAGGAGAUCAUCCUCAUGCUGGACGAGGAGAGGAACGGGGCCGGCUCCAGGAGCUCCAUAGACAGCCAGUCUAGCCUCAGCAACCUGAACGGCAGCGCGGGGACGGUGAGGGAUGUCGGAGACGGGAGCAGCACGUCCAGUACGGGGAGCGCGGGAAGCCCGGAUCACCACAAUCACAACCACGUACACAAGCCCUCUGAAAACAGCAAGAUGCCCACCAUGAGGAGGUCGAUGGAUGAUCUGUCAGCUCCACAUCAUCACAGGAGCAUCCCCAACGGACUCAACGAUUCCUCCUCCAACUACAUCAGGCAGCUGGAGACAAAGGUCCGGAUACUGGAGGACGACAACAAUAAACUCCUCUCUCAGGCCCAUAACCGCUAUAGCUUAUCACAGAUACAGACGAAAAAGCAGUGCAACCUGGGUGACCUCCGAGUCCUGAGGAAGGGAAUGACUCUGUACCACUCCGAGUCCCAGCUGUCCUCGCUGCCCCAGCGCCAGGAGGCCAUGCACAUGGGCACAAACCGUCUGCCAACAAGUGAGUCGUCUCCUGCCACCGGCUACCUGUCCUGUGUCCAGAAGCCCGAGGCGGUGGUGCACGCCAUGAAGGUUCUAGAGGUCCACGAGAAUUUGGACAGGCCGGCUCCCGAGGACUACGAGGACGAUCUGAGUGAGAAAGAGAAGGCCAUCGUGCGAGAGAUGUGCAACGUGGUGUGGCGGAAACUGGGCGACGCCGCCGGAUCAAAGAUGUCCAUCAGGCAGCAUCUCUCUGGGAACCAGUUCAAGGGCCCGCUGUAGCACCGACGACCCGACUCGCCUACAUUCACCCGGGGGGGAGAGAGGGAGUCGCCACCGCAUUAAACCUGCCAACACCACCCAUCCCUCCGCGCUCCACCACUGCCGACGGAGAAUCAGCUGCCCCCUCCCGCCCCUUGUAGAAAACGCCCUCUUUAGGACCGACUGAGUCGGCUACAGGAUGGACUACGUAGUUUUGAUAUUUACAUGUGCAGUGAAAUUAUUACACACCGUUUCUAACCAGUCGAUGGUGAAGGCGACUACUGGCAGCUAGUUUGGCCACUUUCCGUCAGUCUCAAACACUCGCGCCGCUCUGUUAGCCUCUCUCGAGGGCAUGGCGGCGCAACACGGUUUCAAGCACAGACGCGACAAAGCCGCAGGAGCCGAGGCCUCACCCCGCGUGCUACGGGGGCUCAAAAGUGCCACAAUGCGACAAAUAAUUUGUCAAAUAAAUACUCCGAAUUAGCGGUGGGCAAAAUAGACUUAAAGUUUUAUUUUUUGGUGUUACUGUUAUGACAAUUAAAGCUACUACAUUUUCCAUCUUUUUUUUUUUUUUAGGUAUGGUUGUGACUGUGUGUCACAGCAGUCAGGGCCCCCACAGACACAAAUAGUGCUCCUGAAAAACAUUCCCACUUGUAAUAAGCUACUUUAGUUUACCAGCUUAGUGAUCUGUAUCACUAAACUUGCUCACAGUAAUGAUAUUUUCAAAUAUACUGAUCCUUAUGUUGAACAAACGGUGGAGAAAAUGGUGAAGCUAACAAUCUCAACAGUAAUUACCGUUUUGGGUGAUUUUUAAACAUCAUUAAUCAGAAUUUAUGGUGACAACGCUAAAUCACAAUUCUUAUCGUGAUAGGAAAUGUAUCACCAUAAAUGGUAAACGAUACGAUAAAUGCAUAAAACUUCAUCUACGGUAGAUACAUUUUAAAACAAACCUCAGUAUUUACAUAAAUGAUUCAAUAGUUUAUUAAAUUAGUUAUAUAAAUCGAACCCGUUUUGAUAUUUAUUUAUUUCACAUUUGAGCAAUGAAAUUAAUUCAAAAUGUGCUGCGACACAUAACACACGAUCUGAAAAAAAAAAAAGUCAAUUCAAUUUUACCAGAUGGUUUUCAUAUUUGUUUUUUUUUUUUAAUUAUUAUUAUUACUUUGCUUUUUCUUUUAUUAUUUCAACAUUUAUGCAACUAUAAUUAAAAAAUUUUAUUUCUUGUAUUUUCACGUCCAUAUUUAUUUUACAACUUAUUUUUACGAAUUUUGGCACUUUUGUUCCCGCAAGCAGCAGGGCUGAGAGGGCAACAGUGUGGCUGAAUUUUUAGAUAACUUUUAAUAGUAACCCCUGUAUAAAUAAAUGUAAAAAGAAAAGUAAAAAAAACUAACUCCUGUCACACGGACCUUUCCACACCCUACUGGUCAACGAGUAUAAUUAGGAUUAGCAUCCUGAGACGUUAAGUGAAACCCACUGUGAUCUUGCGCCUUUUGCUCGUGAUAGUCUAUGAAUCUAAUUACGUCUAGGGAUCGCUGUUGACUUGUGUAUAAUGUGUAUAAAACCAUAGCACUACUUUGUGUUGAUUUGACGUUUGUACACUAGCGUGGCCACGUGAUCAAACUUUUUUUUUUUUCUGUUUCGAAAGCACACUCACAGUCUGACCUCCAACCGGGUUUGCUUUUGGUAUUAACCGUGUAUUAUUAUUAUUAUUGUUAUUGUUAUUAUUAUCUUCUCUUUUUUUCCAGAUCAACCUUUAUAAUACCUUCUCAAUUGAACCUCUGAAAAUGUACCGAGGCCAUUCGGGUUCUUCAGAUGAUUUUAUGACUUUGUGGAAAAAAAAAAAAAGCUAAAAACUUUGGAUGCUGUGUGCUUGUCAGACAAUCAUGUUCUCAGGUUGGGAGGGCGAGAGCUUUACCUUCACCCAUCUCUGAGUCAGUGUGUGUGUGUGUGUGUGUGUGUGCGUGUGUGUGUGUGUGUGCAUGUGAAUGAAGACCGGAUGGUUUUCUUGCGGCUGUAGCAUCUGGUUGCAACACGAUGCAUUUUCUGAAUCCAUGCAGGAGCUUACCAACUGCAAUAAGAUUUUUGAAGGUCUAACCGUAGGUGCGCUACGAUUUUUUAUUUUAAGGAAAUUGCUCAAUUAGAUUCUUUCUGUUCUGGAUUCAGCGGGUGCACAAUUUCUUUCUACCUUUACCUUUUCGACCUUAGAAUAUGAGAAGUGUGUCUUCCCUUCGAUGUCUUUACACCACGAAACUUUGUAAAAAUGAGUAUUUCUUGAUGUCAGUAUGAGCAGUUCAUCAGCGUAUUUAUUGCCAGGUUUAACAUAGAGGCUGGGGGAGCAAACGGGUUCAUGAAUUGAUUCUUUCUGAUCGAUCUGUAAGUUUUAUCCGACGGCUGUGACAUAGGCCUACGGACGGAACGGGCUCUCUGGUGAUAUUUGUUCCAGUUCCGUCACCGACCUUUCUAUCCCUAAAACGGUAAAAGAAAAGCAAUCAAAGUAUUCAUUUUAAAGUGUCCUUUUUUUCUAGGAACUGCUUUAAAGCCAUGGUACAAUUUUGAAUACUUAAAACAAAACAAAAAAAGAAAAAAAAAAAAGUGGCGUUUAGUUUGAAAUUUGCCACAUUUUCCUUGAUUAUGUUUCGAUUUGGUACCCAACUACGUUUUAUUAUUAUUAUUAUUAUUAUUAUUAUUAUUAUUAUUAUUAUUAUUAUUGUUUUAAACUUUUUCUCUUUAAUGCUCCUUUUUACACCUGUGUGCUAACACCCACAAUCCAAAUCUCUAGGAUUUCCGAACCAAACGUGAAUCUUGUAGCAACUAGCAUGACUGUAACUGUUUCUCAUGAAUUUCACUGAUAAAAAAGAAAUAAAAAUAAUCAGCAAUUUUCAGGUGAAAUGUACAUGAAUUAGGCCACUUUUAGAAAACUCUGGGAAAAAAAAAAUAAACAAGUUGCUUCAUGGUG